AUGGAUUUUUUAAAACCCAAAGCACUUUUUUCUAAACAAGGAAAAGCCACAACUUACAUUCAUCCAGUUCUCGACUUAACUCCAAAGCGCAGGCCAAGACUAAAACAUAGCGAGCCAUUCCUAGUAUCAAACAUCAAUGAUGUUCUUGAAGAACUAGAAAAACUAAAAGACGAAGAUGAAAAAUUUUGCUACAUAAUUAAAAUAUGGCGUCUUCACCUGGGCAUGGCCUCCCGGGCCAUGCAGCUUCGAGCACAUAUUUUAUAUCCAGCAAGGUUUUGCCAUUUCUGAGAUGACAGCACCCCUUAGGGAUGUUUAACAUAUAAAUUUAAAGUAACUCCCCCCCCAUCCUUGAUCGAACGACUCGCCAUCGUUCGAUCAAGGAUGGGGGUUAAAAAAAUUUUUUGGGAAACAAUUUUUAUAUAUAUAUAUUGUUUUUAUUUACUUUUAAAUAAGAGGGUUAAGAGUAUUUAAUAAUUAUUUUUACAGCAAAAAUUGAAUUAUUUUCAUAAAAAUACCAAUUCUUAAUAUUUUGAUUUUUUGGUUACCCCUUUAAACUGUAUAAAUUUUAAUUUGUUUCUUAUUAAAUUAAAUUUUUUUUUUUAAAAAAUUUUAAAGAAUCUCUAUUUUAUUAGAUUAUUGAGUUUUUAAGCAUAUGUUAAUGACUAAAUCACUUCAGAUGGUUGAUUACAAAGCUUUCUGUCGUCUCAAAGUCUCUGAAAGCAACUUCAUUAUGUACAUCUUCCCAAGCUUUUGAUAACUAAUAUAUUUUAUAUAUAUAUAAAAAUUUGCAUGAUAUGAAAAUCGUUCGAUCAAGGAUGUGGGUUAAUUUCCCCAAUUUUUAGGAAUUUUACAGUCAAUCGUUCGAUCAAGGAUGGGGGGGGAGUAAGUAAGAAAAAAAUCUUCUACAUACACAAGACCUACAACCUCAUUUUCGAGCGUUUCUCGAGAAAAAUAUAAUUUUGCAUUUCGCAAUAAAACAGAGUCUCCAAAAGUAGGCAGUUAUACCCCGAAAUAUAAUUUAAUAAAAUCAAGAGAAGAUCAAGGUCCAAAAUUUAUGAAAAAAAUAGUGAAGCCAAGAAAAAGAAAAAUCUUUUUGCCUGGGUGCAUUAGCAACGAUAUGAGCUGCUCGUUUCCUAGUGUAAAAUCGACGAAUGAUCCUAAUGGAGAAUUAAAAAAUUUUGACAUAAAUUUAGGAAGAACUAUAUCACUGUUCGAUGAUUUUCAAGAGCAGGUUUUACAAAAAUCUUCGAGGAAUAAUAGUCCGAUACCUGAAAAAUACACAAAAAUUAAAACUCCUGUAAAGUUUAAAGUACAAAUUGAGAGAAAGCCGUUUAUAAGCUCAUCUACUUCUCCUAAUCAAAGAAAAAUCGAUUUUAGUGAUAUAGAUAUCCCUAAAAAACAUAUAAAGACCGUAAAUUUCAAAAAAAUGAUCCCAAGACAAGAACUUCAUGAGCCAAAAAUUUUAUUAGGGCCUUAUUUAAAAUUCGAUGAAUGAUCUAACAAAAAAUUGCUUAAAACUCUGGCAAAUUUUGGGAAAGCAACUGGUAGAAAAGAAAUACUGUUUGAAACUGUGCCUAAAACCCCAGAAUCGCCAAAUUUAGAAAAAUUUGACAAGGCUUUCUUACAGCAAAGCACAGUUAGAGGGUAAUUAUAAUUUAGACUUCGUCAAAUACCACCAAUGAGGACUGUCACUGCAAGAGAUGAUGCAAUGUAUAGAGUUAAUGAGGGUUAUAUUAUGAACGUUCAGCUAUUAAAAGACAUAGAAAAAUUAAACGUCGAAAGUCCUGCUAACAUUAAAGGAUCUAUCGAUAAUUCCAAUAUUGAAUAA